AUGAGCGAGUCGGCGGUUCUUCUGCGGGACGCCCAUCCCUCCCCCAACUGCAUGCCGCGCCUCCCCUGCAUUUCCCCCGCUUCCGCCAAGCAUGCCGCCGCUCCUCUCCUUUCCCCCGAAGGCGAUGCGAGCGCGGCGACGGCCACUUCGAAAACGGGCGGGGGGGAAGAGGGGACAAGCGCGGAAGCGCAGCGUGCGUGCCGCGUGAGCGUGGCGGUUCUGGCGGUGAAAGACUUGAAAUUGGGGGCGAUUAAAGACGUCACCGACGCGGCGCGGCAGGCUGCUAAUCUUCUGCAAGUGCCGUCUAUGGUGCUGAUUAAAGUAGAAAACUCACACUUUUGCACCAAGGAGAUCAAGGGGAAGUCGGCGGAGGGUAAGGGGAAGGCGGGGGAGAAGGGGGGGAAAAAGGGCAAGGGGGAGGAUGGAAAAGGGGAAUCGACGGAUGGGGAAGCGCAAGCGGAAGCGCAGACGGUUGAAGCGCAAGCGGAAGCGCAGACGGUUGAAGCGCAAGCGGAAACGCAGGGCGGAGCGCAUUCGGGGGAAGCGCAAGCCGCGGAGGGGCAGGCGGAAGGACUAAUAGAGGUCAACCAAGGGCACGCGUUCACAGUGAAAGACGAAACCACCGCGCGCGUGUCCGUCGCGCUCGUUCACUGCGCGCUGGGGCGCGGCGCGCUGGCGAUCGGGCUGAAGCAGGUGAUUGGCGCGAUCGAGCCGCUCUCCGUCGCGUCGCUGCUCGAGCUCGAUCCGGAUAAGGCGGUCGAGCCGCGGUGGCACGAGCUCCGCGCGCCGACGGGGAAGAAGGGAGCGAUCGUGGGGCGCGUUCUGCUGCAGGCGGUGGCGGCGCGCGCGCCUCCGGAGCAGCGCGUGUCGCUUUUCAUCGGCUCCUGGAACGUGGGGAACGCGCCGCCCGCGGCGGAUCUCUCCCCGUGGCUCCCCGUGGGCGGCAAACACGAUCUGAUCGCGAUCGGAUCUCAGGAGUGCGAGUAUCCGCCGCGCGCGGGGCAUGCCACGUGUAUGGACGACUGGGUGGCGUGUAUCCGGUCGCAUUUCGGCCCAAGAUACCGCUUAGUAAAGGGCGCUUCGAGAGGGCAGAUGCGGCUCGUCGUUCUCGUCUUAGACUCCUCCCAACGAGCCGUUACCGACAUAGUGGUUACCAGCGAGGCGACGGGAAUCGGGCACGUGAUCGCGAACAAAGGCGCUGUAUGCGUGUCUCUCAGAUUCUGGGACACGCCGCUGUGUUUCAUUAACUCGCAUCUGGCGGCGCAUGAGGGGCAGUGUGGGGCGAGGAAUGACAAUUACAGGGAGGUGGUGCAGAACAUGCGGCCGGGGCUUUCAAGUGUGGACCUCUUGAACCAGUUCCACCAUCUCUUCUGGAUGGGCGAUUUGAACUACCGGCUGACGCUGCUAGACUCUUCCCACCCGCCUGCUGCUGCUGCUUCUGCUGGGUUAUCGGGCCCAUUGCCUUCGGUGGUCUCAUUCCCAGCUUCUGCUGCUGCUGCCGCCGGUGCCGCGGGUGCUGCUGCCGGUGCUGCCGGUGCUGCUGUUGCCGCUGGUGCCGGCGCUGCUGCUGGUGCCGUUGCUGCCGGCGCUGGUGCUGCGGCUGGUGCUGUUGCUGCUGGUGCCGGCGCGGCUGUUGCCGCUGCUGCUGCGUCUUACCGUGCGAUUGCUGCUGCUGCUUCCGGUGGUGCUGGUGCUGCUUCCCGGGCCGGCCCUGCUUUCAGCGCGAGAGCUCUCGACCAAUUAGACGAUGACAGCUCAGAGGACGAAGCUGAGGAUUCCAGCAGUGGUAAUGAUGACGACGAGGCUGGGGAGGAGGCUCGGGAUGUUCAGAAGGCUCGGGAGGUUCAGAAGGCUCGGGAGGCACAGGAGGCUCGGGAGACUGACAGUGUUGAUGCCGAACCUCGGAAGGAGGCUCGGAAGAGGGGCAGCAUCGGAAGCUCAGGGGAGAUUCUAAAAGGGUUUUUAAAGUCAACAAAGGGUAGCUUCAACACGAUUCUCGAUCUGGGCAGCUCGAAAAAACACGCUUCUCCGGGCAGCAGCACAAAAGUUAACGGAAAACUGCCUCCACCGAACAGUCCCAGCAGCAACAGUGGGGGAAUGAACGGGAGAGGGGGAGAGAAGACGGGCGCGAGUCGCAUGAUUAAGAGCUCGAGUGGGAAUGACGUGGCAGGCGGCGAUGUGAUUGCCCAACCCCUUUCCUCCGCCCACCCCUUUCCUCCGCCCACCCCUUUCCUCCGCCCACCCCUUUCCUCCGCCCACCCCUUUCCUCCGCCCACCCCUUUCCUCCGCCCACCCCUUUCCUCCGCCCACCCCUUUCCUCCGCCCACCCCUUUCCUCCGCCCACCCCUUUCCUCCGCCCACCCCUUUCCUCCGCCCACCCCUUUCCUCCGCCCACCCCUUUCCUCCGCCCACCCCUUUCCUCCGCCCACCCCUUUCCUCCGCCCACCCCUUUCCUCCGCCCACCCUUUCCUCCGCCCACCCCUUUCCUCCGCCCACCCCUUUCCUCCACCACCCCUUUCCUCCGCCCACCCCUUUCCUCCGCCCACCCCUUUCCUCCGCCCACCCCUUUCCUCCGCCCACCCCUUUCCUCCGCCCACCCCUUUCCUCCGCCCACCCCUUUCCUCCGCCCACCCCUUUCCUCCGCCCACCCCUUUCCUCCGCCCACCCCUUUCCUCCGCCCACCCCUUUCCUCCGCCCACCCCUUUCCUCCGCCCACCCUUUCCUCCGCCCACCCCUUUCCUCCGCCCACCCUUUCCUCCGCCCACCCCUUUCCUCUCCCUUGUUCCUCCGCCCACCCCUUCCUCUCUUGUUCCUCCGCCCACCCCCUUCCUCUCCCUUGUUCCUCCGCCCACCCCUUUCCUCUCCCUUGUUCCUCCGCCCACCCCUUUCCUCUCCCUUGUUCCUCCGCCCACCCUUUCCUCUCCCUUGUUCCUCCGCCCACCCCUUUCCUCUCCCUUGUUCCUCCGCCCACCCCUUUCCUCUCCCUUGUUCCUCCGCCCACCCCUUUCCUCUCCCUUGUUCUCCGCCCACCCCUUUCCUCUCCCUUGUUCCUCCGCCCACCCCUUUCCUCUCCCUUGUUCCUCCGCCCACCCCUUUCCUCUCCCUUGUUCCUCCGCCCACCCCUUUCCUCUCCCUUGUUCCUCCGCCCACCCCUUCCUCUCCCUUGUUCCUCCGCCCACCCCUUUCCCUCCCCUUGUUCCUCCGCCCACCCCUUUCCCUCCCUUGUUCCUCCGCCCACCCCUUUCCUCUCCCUUGUUCCUCCGCGCCACCCCUUUCCUCUCCUUGUUCCUCCGCCCACCCCUUUCCUCUCCCUUGUUCCUCCGCCCACCCCUUUCCUCUCCCUUGUUCCUCCGCCCACCCCUUUCCUCUCCCUUGUUCCUCCGCCCACCCCUUUCCUCUCCCUUGUUCCUCCGCCCACCCCUUUCCUCUCCCUUGUUCCUCCGCCCACCCCUUUCCUCUCCCUUGUUCCUCCGCCCACCCCUUUCCUCUCCCUUGUUCCUCCGCCCACCCCUUUCCUCUCCCUUGUUCCUCCGCCCCCCCUUUCCUCUCCCUUGUUCCUCCGCCCACCCUUUCCUCUCCCUUGUUCCUCCGCCCACCCCUUUCCUCUCCCUUGUUCCUCCGCCCACCCCUUUCCUCUCCCUUGUUCCUCCGCCCACCCCUUUCCUCUCCCUUGUUCCUCCGCCCACCCCUUUCCUCUCCCUUGUUCCUCCGCCCACCCCUUUCCUCUCCCUUGUUCCUCCGCCCACCCCUUUCCUCUCCCUUGUUCCUCCGCCCACCCCUUUCCUCUCCCUUGUUCCUCCGCCCACCCCUUUCCUCUCCCUUGUUCCUCCGCCCACCCCUUUCCUCUCCCUUGUUCCUCCGCCCACCCCUUUCUCUCCCUUGUUCCUCCGCCCACCCCUUUCCUCUCCCUUGUUCCUCCGCCCACCCCUUUCCUCUCCCUUGUUCCUCCGCCCACCCCUUUCCUCUCCCUUGUUCCUCCGCCCACCCCUUUCCUCUCCCUUGUUCCUCCGCCCACCCCUUUCCUCUCCCUUGUUCCUCCGCCCACCCUUUCUCUCCCUUGUUCCUCCGCCCACCCCUUUCCUCUCCCUUGUUCCUCCGACCACCCCUUUCCUCUCCCUUGUUCCUCCGCCCACCCCUUUCCUCUCCCUUGUUCCUCCGCCCACCCCUUUCCUCUCCCUUGUUCCUCCGCCCACCCCUUUCCUCUCCCUUGUUCCUCCGCCCACCCCUUUCCUCUCCCUUGUUCCUCCGCCCACCCCUUUCCUCUCCCUUGUUCCUCCGCCCACCCCUUUCCUCUCCCUUGUUCCUCCGCCCACCCCUUUCCUCUCCCUUGUUCCUCCGCCCACCCCUUUCCUCUCCCUUGUUCCUCCGCCCACCCCUUUCCUCUCCCUUGUUCCUCCGCCCACCCCUUUCCUCUCCCUUGUUCCUCCGCCCACCCCUUUCCUCUCCCUUGUUCCUCCGCCCACCCCUUUCCUCUCCCUUGUUCCUCCGCCCACCCCUUUCCUCUCCCUUGUUCUCCGCCCCCACCCCUUUCCUCUCCCUUGUUCCUCCGCCCACCCCUUUCCUCUCCCUUGUUCCUCCGCCCACCCCUUUCCUCUCCCUUGUUCCUCCGCCCACCCUUUCCUCUCCCUUGUUCCUCCGCCCACCCCUUUCCUCUCCCUUGUUCCUCCGCCCACCCCUUUCCUCUCCUUGUUCCUCCGCCCACCCCUUUCCUCUCCCUUGUUCCUCCGCCCACCCCUUUCCUCUCCCUUGUUCCUCCGCCCACCCCUUUCCUCUCCCUUGUUCCUCCGCCCACCCCUUUCCUCUCCCUUGUUCCUCCGCCCACCCCUUUCCUCUCCCUUGUUCCUCCGCCCACCCCUUUCCUCUCCCUUGUUCCUCCGCCCACCCCUUUCCUCUCCCUUGUUCCUCCGCCCACCCCUUUCCUCUCCCUUGUUCCUCCGCCCACCCCUUUCCUCUCCCUUGUUCCUCCGCCCACCCCUUUCCUCUCCCUUGUUCCUCCGCCCACCCCUUUCCUCUCCCUUGUUCCUCCGCCCACCCCUUUCCUCUCCCUUGUUCCUCCGCCCACCCCUUUCCUCUCCCUUGUUCCUCCGCCCACCCCUUUCCUCUCCCUUGUUCCUCCGCCCACCCCUUUCCUCUCCCUUGUUCCUCCGCCCACCCCUUUCCUCUCCCUUGUUCCUCCGCCCACCCCUUUCCUCUCCCUUGUUCCUCCGCCCACCCCUUUCCUCUCCCUUGUUCCUCCGCCCACCCUUUCCUCUCCCUUGUUCCUCCGCCCACCCCUUUCUCUCCCUUGUUCCUCCGCCCACCCCUUUCCUCUCCCUUGUUCCUCCGCCCACCCCUUUCCUCUCCCUUGUUCCUCCGCCCACCCCUUUCCUCUCCCUUGUUCCUCCGCCCACCCCUUUCCUCUCCCUUGUUCCUCCGCCCACCCCUUUCCUCUCCCUUGUUCCUCCGCCCACCCCUUUCCUCUCCCUUGUUCCUCCGCCCACCCCUUUCCUCUCCCUUGUUCCUCCGCCCACCCCUUUCCUCUCCCUUGUUCCUCCGCCCACCCCUUUCCUCUCCCUUGUUCCUCCGCCCACCCCUUUCCUCUCCCUUGUUCCUCCGCCCACCCCUUUCCUCUCCCUUGUUCCUCCGCCCACCCCUUUCCUCUCCCUUGUUCCUCCGCCCACCCCUUUCCUCUCCCUUGUUCCUCCGCCCACCCCUUUCCUCUCCCUUGUUCCUCCGCCCACCCCUUUCCUCUCCCUUGUUCCUCCGCCCACCCCUUUCCUCUCCCUUGUUCCUCCGCCCACCCCUUUCCUCUCCCUUGUUCCUCCGCCCACCCCUUUCCUCUCCCUUGUUCCUCCGACCACCCCUUCCUCUCCCUUGUUCCUCCGCCCACCCUUUCCUCUCCCUUGUUCCUCCGCCCACCCCUUUCCUCUCCCUUGUUCCUCCGCCCACCCUUUCCUCUCCCUUGUUCCUCCGCCCACCCCUUUCCUCUCCCUUGUUCCUCCGCCCACCCCUUUCCUCUCCCUUGUUCCUCCGCCCACCCCUUUCCUCUCCUUGUUCCUCCGCCCACCCCUUUCCUCUCCCUUGUUCCUCCGCCCACCCCUUUCCUCUCCCUUGUUCCUCCGCCCACCCUUUCCUCUCCCUUGUUCCUCCGCCCACCCCUUUCCUCUCCCUUGUUCCUCCGCCCACCCCUUUCCUCUCCCUUGUUCCUCCGCCCACCCCUUUCCUCUCCCUUGUUCCUCCGCCCACCCCUUUCCUCUCCCUGUUCCUCCGCCCACCCCUUUCCUCUCCCUUGUUCCUCCGCCCACCCCUUUCCUCUCCCUUGUUCCUCCGCCCACCCCUUUCCUCUCCCUUGUUCCUCCGCCCACCCCUUUGCUCUCCCUUGUUCCUCCGCCCACCCCUUUCCUCUCCCUUGUUCCUCCGCCCACCCCUUUCCUCUCCCUUGUUCCUCCGCCCACCCCUUUCCUCUCCCUUGUUCCUCCGCCCACCCCUUUCCUCUCCCUUGUUCCUCCGCCCACCCCUUUCCUCUCCCUUGUUCCUCCGCCCACCCCUUUCCUCUCCCUUGUUCCUCCGCCCACCCCUUUCCUCUCCCUUGUUCCUCCGCCCACCCCUUUCCUCUCCCUUGUUCCUCCGCCCACCCCUUUCCUCUCCCUUGUUCCUCCGCCCACCCCUUUCCUCUCCCUUGUUCCUCCGCCCACCCCUUUCCUCUCCUUGUUCCUCCGCCCACCCCUUUCCUCUCCCUUGUUCCUCCGCCCACCCUUUCCUCUCCCUUGUUCCUCCGCCCACCCCUUUCCUCUCCCUUGUUCCUCCGCCCACCCCUUUCCUCUCCCUUGUUCCUCCGCCCACCCCUUUCCUCUCCCUUGUUCCUCCGCCCACCCCUUUCCUCUCCCUUGUUCCUCCGCCCACCCCUUUCCUCUCCCUUGUUCCUCCGCCCACCCCUUUCCUCUCCCUUGUUCCUCCGCCCACCCCUUUCCUCUCCCUUGUUCCUCCGCCCACCCCUUUCCUCUCCCUUGUUCCUCCGCCCACCCCUUUCCUCUCCCUUGUUCCUCCGCCCACCCCUUUCCUCUCCCUUGUUCCUCCGCCCACCCCUUUCCUCUCCCUUGUUCCUCCGCCCACCCCUUUCCUCUCCCUUGUUCCUCCGCCCACCCCUUUCCUCUCCCUUGUUCCUCCGCCCACCCCUUUCCUCUCCCUUGUUCCUCCGCCCACCCCUUUCCUCUCCCUUGUUCCUCCGCCCACCCCUUUCCUCUCCCUUGUUCCUCCGCCCACCCCUUUCCUCUCCCUUGUUCCUCCGCCCACCCCUUUCCUCUCCCUUGUUCCUCCGCCCACCCCUUUCCUCUCCCUUGUUCCUCCGCCCACCCCUUUCCUCUCCCUUGUUCCUCCGCCCACCCCUUUCCUCUCCCUUGUUCCUCCGCCCACCCCUUUCCUCUCCCUUGUUCCUCCGCCCACCCCUUUCCUCUCCCUUGUUCCUCCGCCCACCCCUUUCCUCUCCCUUGUUCCUCCGCCCACCCCUUUCCUCUCCCUUGUUCCUCCGCCCACCCCUUUCCUCUCCCUUGUUCCUCCGCCCACCCCUUUCCUCUCCUUGUUCCUCCGCCACCCCUUUCCUCUCCCUUGUUCCUCCGCCCACCCCUUUCCUCUCCCUUGUUCCUCCGCCCACCCCUUUCCUCUCCCUUGUUCCUCCGCCCACCCCUUUCCUCUCCCUUGUUCCUCCGCCCACCCCUUUCCUCUCCCUUGUUCCUCCGACCACCCCUUUCCUCUCCCUUGUUCCUCCGCCCACCCCUUUCCUCUCCCUUGUUCCUCCGCCACCCCUUUCCUCUCCCUUGUUCCUCCGCCCACCCCUUUCCUCUCCCUUGUUCCUCCGCCCACCCCUUUCCUCUCCCUUGUUCCUCCGCCCACCCCUUUCCUCUCCCUUGUUCCUCCGCCCACCCCUUUCCUCUCCCUUGUUCCUCCGCCCACCCCUUUCCUCUCCCUUGUUCCUCCGCCCACCCCUUUCCUCUCCCUUGUUCCUCCGCCCACCCCUUUCCUCUCCCUUGUUCCUCCGCCCACCCCUUUCCUCUCCCUUGUUCCUCCGCCCACCCCUUUCCUCUCCCUUGUUCCUCCGCCCACCCCUUUCCUCUCCCUGUUCCUCCGCCCACCCCUUUCCUCUCCCUUGUUCCUCCGCCCACCCCUUUCCUCUCCCUUGUUCCUCCGCCCACCCCUUUCCUCUCCCUUGUUCCUCCGCCCUCUCCCUUGUUCCUCCGCCCACCCCUUCCUCUCCCUUGUUCCUCCGCCCACCCCUUUCCUCUCCCUUGUUCCUCCGCCCACCCUUUCCUCUCCCUUGUUCCUCCGCCCCCCCCUUUCCUCUCCCUUGUUCCUCCGCCCACCCCUUUCCUCUCCCUUGUUCCUCCGCCCACCCUUUCCUCUCCCUUGUUCCUCCGCCCACCCCUUUCCUCUCCCUUGUUCCUCCGCCCACCCCUUUCCUCUCCCUUGUUCCUCCGCCCACCCCUUUCCUCUCCCUUGUUCCUCCGCCCACCCCUUUCCUCUCCCUUGUUCCUCCGCCCACCCCUUUCCUCUCCCUUGUUCCUCCGCCCACCCCUUUCCUCUCCCUUGUUCCUCCGCCCACCCCUUUCCUCUCCCUUGUUCCUCCGCCCACCCCUUUCCUCUCCCUUGUUCCUCCGCCCACCCCUUUCCUCUCCCUUGUUCCUCCGCCCACCCCUUUCCUCUCCCUUGUUCCUCCGCCCACCCCUUUCCUCUCCCUUGUUCCUCCGCCCACCCCUUUCCUCUCCCUUGUUCCUCCGCCCACCCCUUUCCUCUCCCUUGUUCCUCCGCCCACCCCUUUCCUCUCCCUUGUUCCUCCGCCCCACCCUUUCCUCUCCCUUGUUCCUCCGCCCACCCUUUCCUCUCCCUUGUUCCUCCGCCCACCCCUUUCUCUCCCUUGUUCCUCCGCCCACCCCUUUCCUCUCCCUUGUUCCUCCGCCCACCCCUUUUCCUCUCCCUUGUUCCGCCCACCCCUUUCCUCUCCCUUGUUCCUCCGCCCACCCCUUUCCUCUCCCUUGUUCCUCCGCCCACCCCUUUCCUCUCCCUUGUUCCUCCGCCCCCCCCCUUUCCUCUCCCUUGUUCCUCCGCCCACCCUUUCCUCUCCCUUGUUCCUCCGCCCACCCCUUUCCUCUCCCUUGUUCCUCCGCCCACCCUUCCUCUCCCUUGUUCCUCCGCCCACCCUUUCUCUCCCUUGUUCCUCCGCCCACCCUUUCCUCUCCCUUGUUCCUCCGCCCACCCCUUCCUCUCCCUUGUUCCUCCGCCCACCCCUUUCCUCUCCCUUGUUCCUCCGCCCACCCCUUUCCUCUCCCUUGUUCCUCCGCCCACCCCUUUCCUCUCCCUUGUUCCUCCGCCCACCCCUUUCCUCUCCCUUGUUCCUCCGCCCACCCCUUUCCUCUCCCUUGUUCCUCCGCCCACCCCUUUCCUCUCCCUUGUUCCUCCGCCCACCCCUUUCCUCUCCCUUGUUCCUCCGCCCACCCCUUUCCUCUCCCUUGUUCCUCCGCCCACCCCUUUCCUCUCCCUUGUUCCUCCGCCCCAUCCACUUCCCCUCGUUUCCCUCUCGCCACCUACCCGCUUUCCCACACCCACCUGUGCAGGAGAGCGGCGGUGCAUGAGACGUUGGAGCAGAUCCGCAACAGGGAGUUUGACGCAGUUUUGAAUCGACUCAUAACACGCCUUUCCUUCGCCCCACCCCUUCCUUCCGCCCACCCUUUCCCUCUACCCAUGCAUGCAGGCGGGCAGCGGUGCAUGAGAGCACGUUGGAGCAGAUCCGCAACAGGGAGUUUGACGCUCUGCUGGAGUAUGACGAGCAGCAAGCUCCUGCCAGCGUGGUGCAUAGCUUUCUCCAUCCCUCUCCUCGCCUCGCCUCUCCUCUCCUCGCCUCGCCUCUCCUCUCCUCGCCUCGCCUCUCCUCUCCUCGCCUCGCCUCUCCUCUCCUCGCCUCGCCUCUCCUCUCCUCGCCUCGCCUCUCCUCUCCUCGCCUCGCCUCUCCUCUCCUCGCCUCGCCUCUCCUCUCCUCGCCUCCCCUCUCACCUCUUCCCCCACCUCUCUCCACCAGGGCACUCGCAACGAGGUGGGCCGAUACAACAGCAAGCGGCGGCUACCAGCGUGGUGCAUAGCUUCUCCCCUCCCCCACCCCACCACAUCCCUUUUCCAUCCCUCCCCAACAAGGUGGGGCGAAGGUUACCAUGCUCUAACCACAACCCCGUGCCUCUCCCCUCCCCACACCAACAGGGCACUCGCAACGAGGUGGGUGGGUGGGCCGAUACAGCAGCAAGCGGCGGCUACCAGCGUGGUGCGAGCGACCGCAUUCUCUUGUGA